CACUCCACUCAGCUGUAUUUAUUUAAAGAUAGAAAAUUGAGUAGUUUUUUUUAAUCGCGGAUUUGGUUUCGAAGUGGAAAGAAAGUCAUUUGAAGUGGAAAGAAAGCGAAAAAUCAAAUUGUUGCAUUAAGUGAAAUAUGCAAGUGUUUUUAAUUGCUGCGCUGAUUGUGGGCCUGGCUGUAACAAGUCAGGCCACAAAGCCGCCACGUUGGGAUGCAAAUUAUAUAGUAAAGGGAACUCUAUACAUUCCCUAUGCCGAAAUUGCGGAACCCUUUUAUGCUUGGUAUGAUCAAAACACACGAAGAUCCCGCAUAGAUUACUAUGGCGGCAUGGUCAAGACCUAUCAACUGGCUGGCGAGGGGGACUUUGGAACCAUGUUAAAGCUGGCCCCCAUCACCACCAGCGACGAUUUGAACAAACUGACUUGCCUGCAAGUGAAUGGCACCACCGAUCAAAAGGUUGAGAUUCAAAGCAUAUUGCCCGACGCAAAACCGUUCACAUUGAUCGGGACAGAAACAUUCUUGGGUUAUACAUGCGACAAGUUCCGCUUGGAGCAGUCAAUUGGACAAAAGAAAAAUGUGUACACCCUGUGGGUGCGUUACAAGAAGUCACCACACUAUCCAUCUAGCCGCAUGCCCAUUCCGGUGCGUUACGAAAUGCGUGGCUAUAACACUCUACUGGGAUCUCACUAUGAUCAUUACUAUCUGGACUAUGAUAGUUACGAGCACGAUGAUAUACCCAACGAGGUUUUCGAGAUUGAUACCGAUCUGACAUGUGUGGGCUUCCCGGGACCCGGCACUGGACACUAUGCCACCUUUAAUCCCAUGCAGGAGUUCGUCUCGGGCGUUGAUUCUCAUGUGGACAAUGCAUUCCAUCAUUUUAAGCGCAAGCACGGAGUAGCCUAUCGCAGUGACAAGGAACACGAGCACAGGAAAAAUAUCUUCCGCCAGAACUUGCGCUAUAUUCACUCUAAAAAUCGUGCCAAAUUGACCUACACCUUGGCUGUCAAUCAUCUAGCGGACAAGACUGAGGAAGAAUUGAAAGCAAGACGCGGUUAUAAAUCGUCUGGAGUGUACAACACCGGCAAACCCUUCCCCUACGAUGUGAACAAAUACACUGAUGAUAUUCCAUCACAGUACGAUUGGCGUUUGUAUGGAGCUGUUACCCCAGUAAAAGAUCAAUCUGUGUGCGGUUCUUGCUGGUCCUUUGGAACCAUUGGCCAUUUAGAGGGCGCGUUCUUCCUUAAAAACGGUGGCAAUCUGGUGCGACUCUCGCAACAAGCUUUGAUUGACUGCUCCUGGGGCUUUGGUAACAAUGGUUGUGAUGGCGGUGAAGAUUUCCGCGUAUAUCAAUGGAUGUUGAAAUCAGGAGGGGUGCCCACCGAAGAAGAAUACGGCCCAUAUCUAGGUCAAGAUGGUUACUGCCACGUUAACAAUGUCACUCUGGUGGCACCCAUUACGGGCUUUGUCAACGUUACUUCCAAUGAUCCGAACGCAUUUAAGAUAGCCCUGCUUAAGCAUGGACCUCUAUCGGUGGCCAUUGAUGCCUCACCAAAGACCUUUAGUUUCUACUCACAUGGUGUUUACUAUGAGCCAGAGUGUAAGAACGAUGUCGAUGGUCUCGAUCAUGCUGUUCUAGCUGUCGGUUAUGGUACAAUUAAUGGCGAGGACUAUUGGCUGGUGAAGAACUCGUGGUCCACAUACUGGGGCAACGAUGGUUACAUUCUUAUGUCGGCUCGCAAAAAUAACUGCGGUGUCAUGACAAUGCCCACAUAUGUGGAAAUGUGAACAUACAUACAUAUAUUCCCUUCUCAUUCCUUCAUAAUUACUACUGAUAUAUCAUUUAUUUCUACAGACAUUUUUCAUGUGAACGCCCCAAGGGCUUUAAAAAGCAAUAAACUAUAUGCUGAUAUAUACUCUUUUAAUUCCAA